AUGGGGGGAAAAGCAGAGAAAGGCACUCCGAAAUACAUAGCGAAUAAAAUAAAAGCUAAAGGCUUGCAAAAACUGCGAUGGUACUGCCAAAUGUGUCAAAAACAGUGUCGAGAUGAGAACGGUUUUAAAUGCCAUACCAUGUCGGAGUCCCAUCAGAGACAACUACUCCUUUUUGCCGACAAUGCCAAUAAAUACAUAGACGAUUUCUCCAAAGAGUUUGCUGACGGAUAUUUGGAACUCCUUCGUCGUCAGUUUGGAACUAAACGUGUUAACGCUAACAAAGUUUAUCAAGAUUAUAUAUCUAAUAGGGACCAUCUACACAUGAAUGCCACGCAAUGGGAGACCCUCACGGAGUUUGUGAAGUGGCUUGGCCGCGAUGGAAAGUGUGUUGUUGACGAGACAGAGAAGGGGUGGUUUGUUGCAUAUAUAGAUAGGGAUCCAGCUGCGAUCGCAGCUCAAGAAGCCAAGGCAAAGAAGGAGAAGAUGGAUAAAGAUGAUCAGGAAAGAAUGCUGGACUUCAUUCAGAAACAAGUACAGCGAGGUAAGAAGGAGAGCUCCGUUGAAGAGCCAUCAUACUCUGAGUUUAAGCGGGAGAGUAGUCAAGAGAGAGUCACGCUCAGCUUGAAGAGGAAAGCUGAAGAUAAAAAAGCCGACGCAUUACCAGUUUCUGCUCUCCAAAUAAAGAGUAAAGAAGAAUCUAAAAGUAAAACAAGGGAUAGUAAAGAAGAAUCUAGCAAAAAGCAGAAAACAGAAGAGGCUAGAAGUAAGCAGUCAGCUUUAGACGAAAUUAUGAAAAUGGAAGAACGAGCGAAAGAGAGAGCAAAUAGAAAAGACUAUUGGUUAUGUGAAGACAUACUUGUGAAGAUAACAACCAGAUCUUUGGGUGACAAGUUUUAUAAGCGCAAGGGUGUGGUCGAGAAAGUGGUUGACACAUAUUGUGCUCAUGUCAAGCUAUUGGAUGAUAAUGUCAAGUUGAAAUUGGACCAGAACCAUCUAGAAACAGUGAUACCAUCUACGGGGAGGUACGUUCGCUUCGUGAAUGGAGCGUAUCGGGGGGCUACGGGCGUGCUGAGGCGUAUUAACAUUGAAAACUACUGUUGUGAUGUUGAGAUAGCGGAGGGCCCCCUCACCGGUCGUCUCGUCAAAGCCCUUCAGUACGAGGACAUCAGCAAAUUGGCAUCGUGA